ACCUGGAAGCAGCCUCUGCAGCCGCUGCUCCGUAGGGUGGACAAAUGUUAGGGGCGCUCUUUGGGACCCAGUCGCGCCCCUCCUUCCCUUCCCCCUAGCCGCAGUUCGUGCCUUCCACCUUGCCGAGCCAGCCCAUGGGUCUCCAUGGCGACAGCGGGCGGGGGGGCCACGGCGCCGCCGUCGCUGUGUUCACGGCUGUAUCAGUCGUGUUCAUUCUCACGCUGCCCCCCUCACUGCCGGGAGGAGACUCGGGGGAGCUGAUCACAGCCGCAUAUGAGCUUGGAGUUGCUCAUCCUCCUGGUUAUCCUUUGUUCACUCUCUUGGCCAAACUUGCAAUUGGUGUAUUCCCUUUUGGUUCCAUUGCCUACCGAGUAAAUCUUCUCUGUGGCUUAUUUGGAGCAGCUGCAGCAUCAUUACUUUUUUUCACAGUUUUCAGGCUUUCUGGCUCAUAUGCUGGAGGAAUCCUUGCUGCGGGGGUGUUUUCAUUUUCUCGCCUAACAUGGCAGUGGUCCAUUGCAGCAGAGGUUUUUAGCCUAAACAAUUUGUUUGUGGGGCUGCUUAUGGCUCUUGCUGCACAUUUUGAGAAGGCAACAACUGCAGAAGACAGAUCAAAGAUAUCCAAGAUUGGUGCCUUCUGCUGUGGCCUUAGUUUAUGCAAUCAGCAUACAAUCAUACUUUAUGUGUUGUGCAUUGCAUUGUGGGUCCUCUUCCGACUUUUUAAAGAAAUGGAACUCUCUCUAAAACAUUUGUUAAAACUGAGUCUAUUCUUCUCUGCUGGUUUUCUACCUUAUCUCUACCUGCCUAUCUCAUCCUACCUCAAUCAAGCUCGUUGGACCUGGGGAGACCAGACAACGUUUUCAGGAUUUCUGACCCAUUUUCUUAGGGAAGAAUAUGGAACAUUUAACCUGGCCAAAUCUGAAAUAGGAUCCAGUAUGUCUGAAAUAUUGCUUUUUCAGAUGGCAAAUAUGAAGGUUGAAUUAUCAAUUAAUAUUCAAGUUCUUGCGGUUGUAGCUUGUUUGAGUUUAGCAAAACAGGACAAAAAAAACCUACCACUGGUGUGGCUUUUUGUUGGAAUGCUUUGUAUUUAUUCAUUAUUCUUUGCUUGGAGAGCAAAUUUAGAUAUUUCAAAACCUCUUUUCAUGGGUGUGGUAGAGCGCUUCUGGAUGCAGAGCAACGCGGUAGUGACUGUUCUGGCCGGCUUGGGCUUAGCUUCCUUUUCCUCACUGAGUAAAAGGAUGCUGAGCAGCAGCUUUGUGUUUAAUAUUCUGGAAUGGUUUUCAGCAGUCAUUUUUGUACUCUAUCAAAUUUAUUCCAAUUACAGUGUUUGUGACCAAAGCACUAACUAUGUCAUUGAUAAAUUUGCAAAGAACCUUCUGUUCUCUAUGCCUCAUGAUGCAAUCAUCUUACUCAGAGGAGAUUUGCCUGGGAAUUCUCUUCGUUAUUUGCAUUACUGUGAAGGUCUGAGGCCUGAUAUUUCACUGGUGGAUCAGGAAAUGUUGACUUAUGAGUGGUAUUUACCUAAGAUGGCUAAGCAUUUACCAGGUAUCUACUUUCCUGGGAACCGAUGGAAUCCUGUGGAAGGAAUAUUACCUAGUGGAAUGGUCAUGUUUAAUCUUUAUCAUUUCCUCAAAGUAAAUAAACACAAAGAAACAUUUGUUUGCAUAGGACUUCAUGAAGGUGAUCCCACUUGGAAAGAGAACUAUUCACUUUGGCCAUGGGGUUCUUGUGACAAAUUGGUUUCUUCAGAGAUUGUUUUCAACCCUGAGGAAUGGAUUAAACUUACUAGAAAUAUAUAUAAUUGGACUGAAGAAUAUGGAAGGUUUGACCUAUCUUCUUGGGAAGCUGUAGCUAAUGAAGAAAUGUGGCAAGCAAGGAUGAAAACAGCAUUUUUUAUCUUUAAUCUUGCAGAAACUGCUAAUGUACCUACAAAUAUGAAAGUACAACUUUAUGCUCUUGCAUAUGAUCUAUAUAAGGAAAUUAUAUAUCUACAAAAGAAACAUCCAGUAAAUUGGCACAAGAAUUAUGCCAUUGCAUGUGAAAGAAUGCUUCGUUUUCGUGAAAUUGAUGUGAAUCCUGAAGUCCUGUUAUCUGAGACUAUCAAACAUUUCCAUCUCUAUGUGGAGAAAGUACAGGAUGAUCCGCAGCGGGCUGACAUUUUAGAGGCUCUUAGGCACCUCAGAAGGGAACUGCAAGGACUAAAAAAGACCAAAAGAGUCUGAGGCAGCAAUAUUUGUUUUAAAAAAAAGUGCCUGUCAUCUUACUAAAUGUUCCUAAGACCUGAGGAAUGUUCAACUUUUCUUUCUGUUCUUAAAAUGAAUUUUUUUAAGGAAGCAGAAAUGCCAAGUAACUUCUAGAAAUCAUGAAAACAGUAAUGUGGUAAUGUGCCUUAAGACACAGAAAUGUUCCCUGUGUCUUUUAGUGAUGAAGGUAGAACCACAUGGAAAAUUGUUCUGUAUUAUAAAAAAUGAAGAUUUCAGAGAAAUUUGCUGGAAAUUUCUGUUAAAAUAAUCAUGCAGAAAAUUAUUCUAUAUUUUAUAGGAAUAUAAGGUAAAAUUAACAUUUUUCUUUAUUUUCAUAUCCUUUAACUUACUAAUGUACAACUCAGAAACCUUGUUUCCUGUGAUCAACUUGACAAGGUUACAUAUUUAAAAAGAAAUCCUAAGAUUUUUCUAUUUCUUGCCUGUAGAUGUUGAAGAGAAAUGAGUCAACAGGAAACAUCCUCCCCCCCCCCGCCCCCUUUUUUUUCUCAAAUCACUGGGUUGUUUGCACAAAACUUCUGCAGCUCUGUGCUAAAUCCUAGUCUGACAAAAUGCUGAUAAACGUACAGUUGUUAUUGUCUCAUCUUAGGUUGUAUUUUCAGAUUUAUCAAAUAAGUAAAACUGAUUUGAUGUUCA